GAGAGAUACGGGGCUUGUCACGUGACCUCCCUCCUAGCUGUUUUGCUUCUGCUCUGCCGCUCGCCUUCGUGAGAUCAAGAGCCGGAGACCGACAGCGCAGCCGCAAGAAACGAGAUAACCUUAUGAAAUGGUGAAGUUAAUUUGUACUUUAGCAGAUCACAGUGAUGAUGUCAACUACUGCGCCUUUUCCUCUUCGUUCUUGGCUACGUGUUCCUUGGACAAAACUAUCCAUCUAUAUUCGCUAAGCAAUUUUGAAGAGCUUCCUUAUUCACCAUUAAAAGGACACACAUACGCUGUUCACUGCUGCUGCUUUUCUCCUUCAGGACACAUUUUGGCUUCUUGUUCUACAGAUGGCAACACAAUUCUGUGGAAUCCUCAGAAUGGACUGAAGCUAGCAGUUCUCGAGCAUCCCUCUAGAAACCCUGUAAGAAUUUGUCAAUUUUCCCCUGAUUCCAUGUACUUAGUUUCCGGAGCAGCUGAUGGCAGUGUGAUUCUUUGGAAUGUUCAGUCUUUGAAAGUCCACCGAUCUGGCAGUGUUCAAGAUGGCUCUUUAGUGGCCUGUGCAUUUGCUCCUAAUGGAAGCUUCUUUGUGACAGGAUCAUCAUGUGGAGAUUUAACUGUUUGGGAUGACAAAAUGAGGUGCUUGUGUAAUGAGAAAGCUCAUGAUCUUGGAGUCACCUGCUGCGACUUUUCUUCACAGCUAGUUGCUGGUAGUAAGCAAGAAUUCCAGAUGGCUUCUUCUGGGCAGGAUAAUAUAAUUAAGAUAUGGCUUGUUUCCACUGUUGAUCCCAUAGGGGUUGAAUUAAAAUGUAAGCAUAUAUUGAGUGGACACACUGCUCCAGUUCUGGCUUGUGCUUUUUCCUGUGAUGGGGAAAUACUAAUAUCUGGAUCUGUAGACAAAACAGUUAUUAUUUUUGAAACUAACACUGGGAGCAUCCUACACACUUUGACUCAGCAUACCAGGUAUGUUACAACGUGUGCCUUUGCACCAGAUAUUCCAUUGUUUGCUACAGGUUCUAUGGAUAAAUGUGUGAACAUCUGGCAGUUUGAACCAAAACAGUGUUUCACAGGAACUACACCAAAAGAGAGUUCAAACACAUCCGUUGAGAACUGGUCAGAAGAUGAUGUUUCAACCUGGCUAUGCAAAUGUGGUUUAAAAGUCGUGGUUGAAAUUUUCCAAAAGAAUAACAUUGAUGGCAGAGAGCUCCUGAGUCUUACAAAAGAGAGUUUGGCUAAUGACUUAAAAAUUGAAUCUCUAGGCCUUCGCAGUAAAGUGCUGAGGAAUAUUGAAGAACUGCAGAUUGUGAGGAAAUCUGCCUGUGAGGCUGUGCCUGAUGAAUUUCUGUGUCCUAUAACAAAGGAACUUAUGAAAGAACCAGUAAUUGCUGCAGAUGGCUACUCCUAUGAGAAGGAAGCAAUGGAAAACUGGAUCAUUAAUAAAAGGCGUUCCAGCCCCAUGACAAAUCUCCCUCUUGAGAGACUUGUACUUACCCCAAACAGAACUUUGAAAAUGGCUAUCAAUCGCUGGUUAGAAACACAGCCAGUACACCAUCAGAAACCACUGUCCUAAAUAAUUUCAGUGUUCUUUCAGAUUAGAGGAAAUUAAACUGAAGGUGGGUAAUUGAGACAGUAAGCCACUUUGUGCAGGUACCGGUCACGUCUAUAAAUGCAUAUUGCAAAUAAAUUCCUUUACACUUAAAUGUGAACAUUGAAAACAAACAUGGAGAACUCAGAGACUGAAUAAUAAGACUGUAUAAACGGAAUGAUCAUCAAGAAUAUUCACUUCUGGCAUAAAACUGUUGACAUCUUUUACAGCUAAGCGAAUGAAGCCCUCUGUGGCAGGAAAUCUAGUAGGAGUUUGAAGAAUUUUCAUCAUUGGCAUUUUAGAUUUUGAAUACCCUGGUUAUAUGUGGCUUGGAAUACCAGUCAGCCAUGGUAAGAUCACUCUGGCCGAGAGCUUACAUCAUGUCUCUUUAAUUGGCUAUUAUCUAUUAUCUUCAGUGGAACACGUUCAAGUGCAAACCUCUCAAACUAUGCUGAGAGGAUAAUGAAGGAGGCACAUCCAUGCUGUUUCCGACAACUGUUGUGCUCACAAUAUACUGCACAAACAGAUCAUGUGUGGAGUGUACCCCAAUCCACAAGUAUAUGGUGUGCAGUGAUUGUUAUGCCCUUUGGAGGACCAGAAUUCAGCCAGUCAACCAAGAUGAAAUGAAAAAGCAAAAAGGUUAUUCUUGGUUGGAAAACAUGGCCAGUAAAUUUUAGACCAACCCUGAAGUUGCAUCACUGAUAACGCAGCAAACAGUAUAUUACCGGUUCAAAAGCUAUAUUAAUAAGUCUUUUAUUUCAUAUGGGAAAAAUACAGUAGCUGUGCAAAAAAUAGAUCUACAGAAUGAGAAUAAAAUAAGAUUGUACAAAUACCAAGAGAAACAAUAAAUAAGCUAAAGAGUAACAAUUCAUUUAGAAAUUGCAAAUUCUUUAUGGAAUUCUUAAAAACCGUGCGAGAAUGCCAUUACAAUGUACAUACAUACUGUACACAAGGGAAUAAUUCAUUAAAGAUUGAGCUUGUACAA